AUGGAAACUCCAUGUCCAACAGAAAUCCUCGAGCAAUUUCGAGAAGAUCACCCUGAGAUUACCUACAUUCGUUUCCAAUGGCAGGACUAUUCAGGUGUACUUCGAGCUCGCGUACUCAUUCUCGAGUCUGUUAUUGCUCAAGUUGUCAAAGGAACGCCUAUUCAGGCUGCUGGAAUCGCACUCGACUGUACCGUCGAUAACCACAUCCUUCCUCGGGAUCCUCCUAGAGGCAUGCACUGGGCAGUCCCAGACUGGUCAUCCCUUCGCCCAGCUUCUCAUCCCGGAACUGCCAUGGUGAUGUGUGCUUUGAACUUCACAGUACUAGAACGCCCACUCAGCAGUGAUCUCUGUCCCCGACAGGCGCUAACAGGGGUGCUGCAAAAGGCACGCCAGACCUGGGAACUAGAUUUCCUGGUGGGUUUCGAGGUUGAGUUUAUUGUGAUGAAAUCAGAUCCAUCCUCAAAUGCAAUGGUUCGAUGCAGUAACGGAUUAGGACACUUUGCUGUUUCUGGUCUACGUGAUACGUGUUUCCAAUAUGUGGAGCAGUGCGUGACCCGACUACGCGCUCAAGGCGUGAUAGUCCAAGCGGUGCACACAGAAGGCUUCCGGGGACAAUAUGAGAUUGUCCUAGGGCCGCUCCCACCAAUGCAAGCGGUCGAUCAAUUGAUACUCGUGCACGAUUACCUCAAAGACACAUUCUCCCGCCACGGCUAUGAGGUUACUAUGUCUCCUAAGCCUAUAGCUUCUGAGUCCCAAGCAAAUGGCCAACAUAUGCACCUCUCGCUACAACCCGCCAGUUCUACCCUUGAAGCUUCAUUCCUCGCGGGCAUCCUAAAGCGUCUUCCCAGUCUAUGGAGCUUUUGCUUGCCGCUAGAAUCGUCUUACGAGCGGCGCAAACCACGCAUGGCUGGAAAUACAGUCGGCUGGGGAACACAAUCACGAGUUGUCCCCAUUCGAAAGGUAGAACCUAGUCACUGGGAAGUUCGAUGCAUCGAUGUCACAGCCAACAUGUACUCUACACUGGCAGCAAUCCUGGGUGCCGGGCUUUUAGGAUUGGCAGGCAAGGAGCCAUUGACUUGGCCGGAUCUUGGUAUCCCGGCAAAUCAAGCUUCUUUUUGUGGCGAGCCGCUACCACGAAGCCUUGAUGAAUCUUUAGCAAUCUUGAAUGCGGAUGAUGGCCUUCUGUCCGCCAUGAUCGGUCGGCCCAUGAUAGACCACUACAUUAAUAUCAAGCGGUAUGAGAUCUCUCAGAUGAAAGAGAUGGACCCGCAAGCAAUUAGAGAGCUUCUUAUUGAACUAUUCUAG